CGAAACUUCCAGCACGCUAGACCGUACCAGAUGGCCACGUGGAUAUUCCGUUCGGUCUCCUGGUCCAAGCCAUCAGCUAAUAGAAGAAUGGAUGCUCGCGGCUAACCAGGCUGUCGCACGACGUUUGUUUCAAGCGUUUGUUCAGCACUUUUCCAGUUGCUCUAAGCCAACAGUGAUAGAUCAAUUUGGACAAGAUGUAUGGCCGGGCGCCCUUCUGCGACGCCAUGAAGAGCCGUCGAAGAAGAAUUUGAAAGAGCU